AAUCAAGAUGCAAGCUAGCUGUGAUGUCACAACGCUGCUGUGGCUGUGCAGCGAGGCGACUCUUGCUUCCUUUACAGUAAUUUUCUUCUAAUUAUUUUAUUCGAGCUUUUGAAUCUCAGUGCGAAUGACAGUCAGUGAGGGACAGAGGCGCGUUUCAUGUAGUGUAAGCCGUCGAAGGAUCGACUCCAUGGAGGUCGUGGACAGCCCGCUCAACCUUGCUCACCAGCAGUGCAGACAGGCCGACCGUUUGGUAGCUGCUGGGAAGUAUGAAGAGGCCAUCUCCUGCCAUGGAAAAGCAGCAGAUUUUCUGACUGAGGCAAUGAAGGCACCCGUGUGUGAGCAGGCUCGUUUGUCCAUGGAGCUGCAGAGGGACAGUCACAUUAAACAGCAACGGUUAAUCCAAGAGCGCUGGAAGAGAGAAGCUCGGCGAGAGGCGGUUAAGACACGACUUGGUCUAGUGCAGGCUACCGGGCCAGGGUUCUUUUCAAAAUCUCCGUCCACGGGCAGCAGCCGGCCCUAUGCCUCUCCAGGCGCCUCAGCUGCAGAGCUUGGAAGCGUCGGGGAGAGGGAGUAUGACACCUUACUAUACCAGCUUCAGACUCGGCAGACUGGAGGAACACAGAUUUUAACUCCAGUGUGUUCGGGAUCUAAGACCACCAAAGAUGACAAAACGCGCCUGGAAGAACAACAGACGACCAUCGAGAACUUGCGACUCCUGGUUGACGGCCUGACGAACGAAAACCAGCAGCUGAGAGCCGAGAACGAGCGGCUACGACUGGAAAACAUGAGGCUACACUCGGAGGCAGCCGACUUUGUGGAGCGCUCCGAGCUCUGGGUGCUCCCACAAGCAGGUGGUCCUAUGGGAACCGGAGUUGGACAAGUAGGGGAGAGUAAAAGGAAGGGAAAGGAGAUCGCAAUCCCUCAGCUGCCACCGUUGGAAAUGCCAGCUCAGGAAGACCUGUGUCUGGAUGACCUGCCUCCUCUGGAGCUGCCAGAGGACAUCCAGAAUGAACUGCAGGAGCUACUAGACAGGGAUAAGCUGUAAUAGAACACAUCACACACACACAUACACACACAUACAUGUGGUUCAACCAGUACGACUUUGAGUUCAGAUGCCAAAACGUUAUACAGUGAAAGCUACCGGCUCGACCCACGAGGCCUCUGCUCAGGUGGAAUCAGACGACAAACGAGAACAUCAGAGAGGGAGGAAGUGAUAACGCUACUAUCACUGGUGCAAGGCAGUCCAAGCCACAGAUAAAGGAAACGUUCACUAAUCUGUGAGAACAGCAGCGAGGCUGUGUGUCAGCAUGACUUACACUGAGAGCAGGACAGGAAUACGGGCAAGAUUCAAGGUUUUCCCAAAACUUUCACUUAUGUCUCAGACUUCUACUGUGUUAUCACAUGACCCAGAUCUCAUACAGCAUUCAACGACAGCUUAGUUCUGUCAGCAGCAGAUCAGCUGAUGUGUUUCCCACAGAUUUAGACUUUAUUUAAGGUGUUGUGGAAGCGGGGGUGUGUGCAAGUGUGUGCAUUAUUAUGAAAGGACACACACACACACACACACACACACACACACACACACACACACACACACAC